AUGGAACUCUCCAAAGUCAGUCUCGUCUUCUUACUUACUGCCCUCGUGUUUGCCCAUGCUUGUAAACAAAGCCCACCACCGAUGACCACCGCAGCUCUAACUACUACACGGGCAACCACCACAGCUCCAACUACUACAAAAGCAACCACCAAAUUCCCAGCAACUACACAGAAAACCAUCACAACUCCAAGGACUACACGGACAACUACCAAAGCUACAACGACUACACGGACAACGACCACAACUCCAAGGACUACAGCCACUACCACCACUAGACGACCAUCCACAACUGCAACUACUAGACCAACUACGACUGCUGCACCACUGAAGACGACUUCACCAAUCGCAACUUCUAUAAUUCAAGCCAGUAGUGAGAUGACCACCUCACAAAUGUCCCUCCUUUUACCAUCUACUCCACUUCAUCUCCUCACCUCCCUCCUUCUCUUCAUCACCUCCUAUUUGCUCCUCUAA